CCGGCUCCCACUUGGUAGCAUCUUCCUGAUCCCCUUAUCUCUUAAGGCGCUCAGGGAAAUGCCCCCCUGCAGGAGCCUUCUGGGAAAUGCUACCCUGGCCGGCCAGGAACCAUGAGUCCUGCAGCCCCGGUUCCGCCUGACCCCGCCCUGGAAAGUCCUUUUGAAGAAAUGGCCCUGGUGAGGGGCGGCUGGCUGUGGAGACAGAGCUCCAUCCUCCGCCGCUGGAAGCGGAACUGGUUCGCCCUGUGGCUGGAUGGGACCCUGGGCUACUAUCACGACGAGACAGCGCAGGACGAGGAGGACCGCGUGCUCAUCCAGUUCAACGUCCGCGACAUAAAGAUUGGCCAAGAGUGCCAAGAUGUGCAGCCCCCAGAGGGCCGGAGCCGAGAUGGCCUGCUGACCGUGAACCUACGGGAGGGCUCCCGCCUGCAUCUGUGUGCAGAGACCAAGGAUGAUGCCUUAGCGUGGAAGACGGCGCUGCUGGAGGCGAACUCCACCCCGGCCCCAGCUGGAGCCACCGUCCCUCCCAGGAGCCGUCGAGUUUGCCCCAAGGUCAGGUGUGUGACCCGCUCGUGGAGCCCCUGUAAGGUUGAGAGGCGGAUCUGGGUGCGUGUCUACAGCCCGUACCAGGACUACUAUGAGGUGGUACCCCCCAACGCACACGAAGCCACAUAUAUCCGCAGCUACUACGGACCGCCCUAUGCAGGCCCCGGCGUGACGCACGUGGUAGUGCGGGAGGAUCCCUGCUACAGCGCUGGUGCCCCACUGGCCAUGGGCAUGCUUGCGGGGGCUGCCACGGGUGCAGCACUUGGCUCGCUCAUGUGGUCGCCCUGCUGGUUCUGAGCUCUGGGACUCGGAGUGUGGACCCUGCGCAUAGACCGACAGACCCCUGUUCUUACUUGACCCAACCCUCCACUAUCUAAGCCCUGACAUACUUUGGCUCCUUUCUUUCCAUUAGCUGCUUCUGGACUUGGAUCAUCCAUCCCACUCCCCCACCCUCUGUAUUAGAAGAAGCUAUCAUUCCAGGCACAAACAUAGUUCAAAAUCCUUAUACCUGUCACUGCCAGACACCCCAGAAUUUUGUUAUAGACAUAUAUGGACACGUUCCCCCACCCCAAUACACCAGGAUGCAGAAAACACAGCUCAUGUGACUUCAAGUUCCCAGGUGCUGGAGACACAGGAGUCAGGUUCUUUCCUCCAACUGCUCCAGGGUUGGUGGGAAAAGCAGAAGUAAACAAAUACUUGACAAGCAGAGUUAUCCGUCCUUUGACACAUGAGGGUAAAGAGCAGAAGGUAGGCUAGGAGUAGGGUUGUUGGCAAGAGUGCAGAGCAGUGAAUAUCAUGGCAUGUCCAAGGAAUUAAGAGUUCAUUUAGGCUGGGGUGGGGACUGGGAUCAGAUCAUGAUGGCCCUCCAGGCCAAAGAGCUUGCUGGGUAAAGGUGAGAUGUGAGCUUUUUGGAGGGAAGUUUCAUGAUUGUGCCUAUAAUGAAUAUAUUGCCUGUUUUGUUAAUACUGACACAUACUCAAAUCCAAAACACUCUCUGAGGUUAGCCCCAUCCUUUCCACUACCAGCUUCCUGGAUCUCCUGUUCCUUCAGUGCUCAGAAAACAUCUGUUCCCCAUGUUAGGGUGCCUGGGGCAGCAAUUUAGCUGAACCUGGGGUCCCCUUGCUGGGGGGCAGAUGAGCUCUGUUUGGGACCUCCAGCCCUAGGAUGGUGCCUCCAUCAGGAAGUGUAUUCCUGGUCCCCAGGAACUUGGACCUCUGUCAAUAACUGUGGCUGUCACCGUCUCAGGCUUUGUCUCUUCCUUCAUUCUGGGGGAGAUGGCAGUGUUCAUCUCUUGGGCCUGACCCACUGGGAAGCCCCACAUGCCUCCCUGUCGGGUGACCCAGCAGUCUCUCCAUUUGGCUCCCUCCCAAUUUCUUUUCCCACCCUGUGCUAAUAGAAGUGCUAACAGUUCUGCCCAGUAGCCAGAGUAGCCUGCUAAAGUUCCCUUGUAGGCAGGGGCUCCAGUGGUCCCACUGCAGAGACUAAUAAAGAUGUGAUUGGCUCUA